AUUUUUUCUCAUUGUCAGACAGAUAUAUAUCAGGUAACCCCGGCGCAAUUCACUCGAAGAUAAAAUCUAAACCUGUCAUAGAAGACAAUUAUUGGGAUUCGCGGUAUUCAGAUUUCUGGAUUAAUAAAAAUAGUUUAGACCUUUCGAAGCAGAUAACGUAGUUAGGCGUAUCGUGUUAUUGCUGUCUCCCAGAACUGAAAACUGAGACCCCGAAGGAGACACAAAUGUCACACGCCAGUAUAAUAGCUGUGAGGGGGAAAUGACGGGGAUGUUGGAUAGACUGACUCUGACGCAUUUAGCUACGUUACGAAUUUAAAAAUAACGUCUUUAGCAUGUUUUUGCUGUCUGACAAACAUUGAUCGAGAAAGGAUAGAAAUUGCCGUGAAACAAACAAAAGUUAUGCCAGGACAUGGGGAGCGAUGUCAAAUGAUAUCGUGUAAUUUUACGGAGCUUGAACACCUCGGUCACUUCUACGACACGCCGUCCAUAAUAUUACAGGCCGUAGCUCUAACAUUGAUCAUAUUGUCGGCCUUCAUGGCCAACGGUCUCAUGUGUUUGGUGUUUUACAAGCGACCACAUUUACUAAAUGUCGCACAUAUAUUUGUGCUAAAUCUGGCCAUUUGUAACUUAGCAAUAGCUGUAUUGGCACUCCCUUUUACACUUGGAGCGGUCGUAUCUCAGAGUUGGCCAUUUGGGACAAUUUGGUGCCUCAGUCAAGCCUUUUUAUUUAACACACUAGUGAUGGGAUCGACAUCCACCGUUCUCAUGGUGUCUUUGGACCGUUACUACGCAAUCAUGUCUUCGUUGAAGUACCCUUAUGUAUUCACGAUCUUCAGAUGCAAGGUUUUGAUUGGUGUUCAAUGGAUUAUAGUAAUCUUGGCAGCAGCGCCACCUUUAGCCGGAUGGGGAAAGUAUACAUUCCAACGGUAUAAAUAUGUUUGUAGUUUAGAAUGGAAACCUGGUCGAAUGGCGGAUGGUUAUAAUAUAGUUGUUGGUAUAUUCUUCUAUGCCAUCCCCACUGGGAUAAUAUGCUGGUGCUACGGAAGGAUAUUCAUUGCAGCAGUUAGCCACACUAAACGACGUAACAAAGUUUACCCAAGCACUGAAGACUCCACACAUACAGCUACAGGAGAAUCGAGUGGAUCAUUUAAAAGGAAUACCAUGUUGUUCGAAGCCAGGAAAAAAGUAAGAGAUUUCAAAGCAGUAAGAACCAUUCUUUUGAUAAUAUUAACGUUUAUGCUCUGUCGAGGGCCGUAUUUUAUCAUAUCAGGAAUCGAAGCCCAGGGAAUACUCGUUAAUCCAAAAUGGCAGACUUGCGCCAUGUUUCUCCUCUACUCAGAGACGGUAAUAAAUCAAUGUAUUUAUGGAUACCUUAACAGAGUUACUAGGUUUGAAAUAUGGCGAAUGGUAAAAUUAAUUGUAAACCAAGGUAAUCAGAGUACAACAAUGACAGAAAGUGAUGAGUUUGCGUCAACAACAACAUCGUCAUACCGAAUGAAGACAUUCGGAAAACGAAAGAUGGUGCCGUCAAUCAACGUUAUACCAGUACAAUUGAAUACCAUAGCAGAAGUGACAGAGGAUGUUGGAGAAAGUAAUACAGGCAGUGUGUACAUAUAAGUUAUCCAUAUGUCCAUAUUUUAUUUUUGUAAUAUAACAUUUAUUCAAUUUAAUAUGUCUUUCUGUUAUUAAACAUUAUUAUAAUCUGUGCUGCACAUUCGUCAGAAACGUGUAUUACUAGUGUAGAACUAACCAGUAAUUAUCAUAUGUGUGUGUUUUAAGUAUACUUUGGUUUAAUCAGAGCAGCACACACGACACAUGGUAUUCUCUCUUAUCAUAAAUUCACAGGGAAUGUUAUAAGAGAUCCAUUUUAUUUAGUAAUUUGCACGACUGUCUCAGUACGAGGCCAUUUGUCAUUCGAUGACCCAGAUGCGAGUAGAAAAUAAUGCUAAAAGC